AUGGCCAAGCACGCCGAGCACCUGACGCGGCUGGUCGCGCUCAUCGACAACUUGGAGCACGGCACGCCCGGCACCGGCUCCGGCGGCAUCCCCUGGUACUGGCCGGCCACGCCGCCUGCGGGCGCGGACGAGGAGCAGCGGCAAGCGUGGCAGCUGCGCCUGCAGGAGGAGUUCGUGAUGGAGCUGUUUCUGCACGCGGCCGACAUCGGCAACGCCACCCUGCCGUUCACCCAGUGGUGCAGGUGGAACCGGCUCGUGCAGCAGGAGAUCAGGAAGAUGCUGAGCACGCAAACUUGAGGCGCCGCCAGUGCGAAGGCAAGGAAAGCCUGCGCGCUUAGGACGAUGCCGAGCCAGCCAAUUAAUCAACCGAAUUCCGAGUGAGUGAUCAUGGAUAGUGCGUGGUAGCCUCUUUAUGCUGGGCGACCAGUGUAGACGACCUCACCAUGAUUGAUUAACUUGCAGGCUGCAUCUUUGACUGCCAGUUGGGCUGGGAAACAGAUACAAUAACGGAACAAGAACUUGUGCACCAAGGAUGUUAGCGUGAUAAUCGGA